AUGGCUGCCAAUCCAGUUUUCAAUGCCCGCACACGUCACAUUAAGUUGGACUAUCACUUUGUUCGUGAAAAGGUUGCUCUUGGAAGUCAUCAAGUUUGCUUUGUUCCUUCUAUUGACCAACCUGCAGACCUGUUUACCAAAGCCCUUCACAAACUACAUCAUCAGCAUAUGUCUUCCAACUUGUGCAUCCUGUGA